UCUUUGGUUUGCAUUUCGUGUCAAUAUGAUCCAAAAGAUGUCUCAUAGACAAAAUAAUGAAGCGAAAAUAUGGGCCGCAAUGCACGUAAAAUACCAAUCCUAUAUCCAGUGCAAGUGAAACAGGAACUACAUUUCCCAAGAUGCACUGAGCGCGGGUUAAAGGUUAUCAGGACGUGCAUUACGUGUGCUCCCUAGCUCCUCCGAAAAACACGAACUUUGCACUCAAUAAAUUGUGUAAUCAUUUUAAUUCCGCGUAAUAAGAGGCCUGGAGGUCCGUCGGCGCGCGCGCGGGGUGUAUGAGCGACGCGGCCGCGCUUCGGUACCAGAAUCCCGAUAAGGAGAAGCGAGCCGUGCCGCUGGACUGCUGCGGAGGACUCAACAACGUGGACUUCUCCAAGAUGGAUUUGACGCUUAUUGAAGGGCUGCUGAAACUCACCAACUUUCAAGACUCCAGCUUUUGUGUCGCUGUGGCCGCCAUCAUUUUCAACCCUUUCUUCUGGAACGUGGUGGCCAGAUGGGAGCAUCGUACACAUUCUCUCUCCAAGCUCUUCGGUAGCCCCUACCUGGCCUGUUACUGCCUGGGCUUCGUCAUCAUUCUGCUCAACGUGUACCGCAGUCACAGUAUGACGGUGGCGAUGAAGGCCCAGGCCAAGUGGGAGGUGAUGGACAGGACAGAUGUUUUCUAUGCCGGCGCGGGCCUCAUGGUGCUGGGCACGGUGCUGGUGGUCAGCAGCUUCCUGGCUCUGGGAUUCACUGGAACCUUCCUUGGUGAUUACUUUGGCAUCCUGAUGGAUGAGAAGGUGACGGGCUUUCCCUUCAACAUCACAGAGAACCCAAUGUACUGGGGCAGCACUGCCAACUACCUGGGCCUGGCGCUUAUCGGGGCCAGUCCUGUCGGUCUCGUCCUGACCGCCAUAGUGGCCGUGGUUUACAAGAUGGCCAUACGAUUUGAGGGACCGUUCACUGAACUGAUCUAUCAGGAGAGGAGUCAGAGACGCAAGCGUGAAUAAUCCCUUCCUGCUCCGGGUCGGUCCGAGGAUUCCCUUUCUGUCGCUGACAGACCAGAGGACUCACGGACGUGAUCAGUAAUCCACCUGCAGUGAGGAUCCACAGGCCGCGCUCACACUGCCGCUGCAAGAGGCAUUUUUUGAUUUUGUUUCAUGCUCUUCUAAUUAAUGUGAUGCUACAUUGAGCCAUUUUCCUCGCGUGAUUAUGACAUACAUAGAAUGGAGGCUUAAAGAAAAAGAACUGAUGUACUUUCUUGCUAAAGAUUCUAUGAGAUGAUUAGGAUACAUAGGAAGCUAGAACUCAGGAAUGAGUUGAGAAAAGUUAGCCUAGCUUAACAUAGGCACUGUGAAGAGCUACAGGGAAGAAUGGAACCUUGGAAUUAGUUACAUUUUCCAGACUUUACAUCCUCGAGCGUCUUACUUGAACCGGUGGUAUUAAUCUUCUCAUCCAUCUCUUGGCAAGGAAGCUAAAAAGGUUUGACAGGAUAUUAGGAAGUUAGGUUGUGCAUGUCCAAAAAUGUUUUUUUCACCAGUUCAUCACUGCCACACGUUCCCACUUAUUCUCUUCUAUAAUUCAUGAAACAACUCUACAUGAGGAGCGUGUUAAUUCAAAAUACCGUGAUAGAUUCUACGGAUCAAAAGGUGCCAGGGAAUUUUUUCAAAGCGGAACAACCAUAUCCAAAAGAGUGGUGCUGCAAAGCUUUUGUGUCAAAAGAGAAACGUAAUGUGUCUCACAUAGCCUUCGAUACUCCCAUCGUUUUUGGUAACUAACUAAACCCUUUUAAAUAUCAGAGGACCAACAACUGUACCUAUGCAAACCAUUCCAAACUUAACAACACACACUGCCUGUUGAUAUAUUUGUUAUGUAAUAAACCAGUAAUGUCUCUCUGUGUGUCCCACGACUACUAAUUGAAGCACUUAAGGCUGCACUUUGCCAGAUGUAUCUUUAACAGGCAGAUGUGAGGGCAUUUUGCGUUCAGAUGUUCUCUUUGAAUGAGUCACGGAUAUGUGGACAGCUGUAUCUGUCCUGGUGACUGCAGGCCCCCGAGAUUCACAUGGGAGAGGUUGGUGAUCAACGCCACGGUUUGUAAUCCUAUUUAAACAAAUAGGAUUGUCUCCUUUUAAUCUGGAGCCCAAUCAAUAAAUCGAAUGUAGAAAAAAUA